AGGCCGGGGGGUGGGGUGUGGGGGGGUGAAGGAGUAGUGAGAGAAGGUCCACGCAGCGCAUUCCAACAAACAAACCCCCUCCAACCUGAACCACUGCGAAUUGAACGCCUCAUGCUCUCUCUCAAUUCCAUUUCUCAAUUCCUUGUUUCAUUCCUUUGUCGCUGCUUUCAUUCCUCCAUUCUUCACCUUCCCUCUUCCUCCCUUGAGGCAAAGAAAAGAAGGUCUCGGGGUUCAGCUUCAGCCAUGAUUACUCGAUCGAAUCUGGUUGAGCAGUUGAGAGAAUACCAGAUUCGAUCCAAACACGAGUGGGCUUCCGUCUCCUUCUUCUCCUCUACCUCCAAUAUUACAUCCUCCAGGGUGGAUGUAGUGAUUUUUGUAAUAUGGGAACUCAUAAUACUAUCGUUCCUGGUGUUCUCGGCAGUUUCUUUAUAUUUUCGGCAUAUGCAGUUGGCAUUUAUUUUAGUAUGCAUUACGAUGUUGUUGCUUCUAUGCAUGAAAGUUACAAAGCAAGUGAGAUUGGCUAGGAAGAAGAAAAGAAGGAUGCUUCUUCCAUUGUCCAUGUGAAAAUCUGAUAGUAGAAGGAGAGUUAUACUAAACCUUUUUUUUUUCUUUUUUUCUUUUUUAAUGUUCUAAAUUCCCUGAAUUAUAUUCACAAAAAAUUAGAUUUUGUCCUCUCUUUCCCCAUUACUCUUUGUUAUAUCCUGAUCUGUAAUCACCAGGAAAGCAGGUUUAUCCCCCGCCCCCCCCAGAAAAAAGAAAAAGAAAAAGAAAAAAGAAUGAGAUGAAUGUGAUUAGUUUAGAAAUUUAUUUGUGAAUGCUUUUCUAUCUGUGAGUUUGGAUCAUCUUCCUGAUUGUUCUUUUA